GUGGCUCUGGAUGCCUUGGCAUUAGCCUUUUCGGCCAAUGUCGUGGAGCAAGCGGCGCAAAGCAGGCCUUUGAUUCUGCUCCUGGCCACGCUGGUGACCCUGGGCUUGGAAUGCUGCGCUCCGCAGGUCUAUCGCAAUGACCGCCUCUUGAGCGUGGCGCAAAAAAAGGUUGAGAUUGCCGCUCAAGCCAUCGAGUCUGCCAAUAAGGCCCUCGAAAUCGCUGAGGAGCUGAAUGACAGAC